AACAACAGCAUGUUCUCGCUGCUCAGUACCGCCACGAUGCUCGGUGCGUUUACCGCACUGUUUGCAAUCGUGUUUCAAGCUUACCUCACCUCGAACGAGCUGGUACGGUUGACGGUGAUACUGCAGCAUUUGCGCGACCUGGAGGUGGAAUACCCGGUCCAAGGUCCACGGGUGGCCAUCGGGUACGGGUCCUGCAGUGAUCUGCACGUGCGGGCUACGGAUUUCCUCGAGUACAGUGACACCAUUGGACAGACGCUCAAUGCGAGCGAGUACACGUUUGACGAUAUCACGAACGAGGAAGAGUUUCUGCUCAACUUUGCCUACUACUUUCAGCGUGGUGCAGCUGCCGAGAGAUUUACCGCCAACAGAGAAAUGUUUAUGGGGCUAGUACAGCGAGCGAAGAAAUCGAACACCGUCCAGCAUCACUGGGCGCUGGGCGGCAACGCUCCCGUCAUCGGGACACGCAUGGCAAUCGAAGGCGCUAACGUUCUUUUGGGCGCAAAGAUGUCCGCCAAGCUCAAGACACACUUACGGCCCGAGGUGCAGCUCACCGGCAGCCUUAUCGAGGACGACGAUAUCCAUCUGAUACUGGAGUACAACACGGGCGACAGCUGGGGCGAUCUCGUGUCACCCCGAGCCAACCGUUACAUUCUACACAACGACCACCACAACCCGUACCUGAGCUCGCUGGAAGAAUUCGACAGCGCGCUGGCCGGCUUCGAGCCACACCUGUUCGUCGUGAGCGGCCUGCAGAUGAUGGACAACUACCUGUACCCGGUGGGAGUGCGCGAGAAGCUGCUCGAGCGGGUACGCACUCAGAUGCAGGCACAAUCGCGCACCGCAACGCUCAUACACUUCGAAAUGGCCAGCUUCGUGGAGCUGGAGCUGCUGCAGCUGCUCCUACGCACCGUCCUCCCGUACAGCGACUCGAUCGGCAUGAACGAGCAGGAGCUGGACAAUCUGCAGCAAGUGCUCGAAACGGGCCGCAUCAGCCUGGUGGCGGACUGUAAUCCACGCGUCGCGCACUCGCUCGACCAAGCGCGGGCCGUUUUUCGCAAGCUCAACGAAGACUUCUACCGAAAGCAAUCCGGCACGGGUGAUGGUGCGACCCGGCGGCCCCUUUCCCGCAUACAUCUGCACACGCUCGCGUACCAAGCGUUCAUCGUGGCGAAGGAUAGCCGGUGGCAGUACACGAAGAAUGCCGCCGCGAAGGCUUCGCUCACGGCGCACCGGCACGUGUGCGCCACCACGAUCGUCAAUCCGGACGCGGCGUAUCUGCAGAUGGACGGAAGCUUUGCCGUGUCGGCCAGUCCGGGCGCAAGGAGGAUACACUUUAACAAUCGCGAUCCGGUUUCGUGCUGGGAGGAAGCGCUCGAGCUGCCCGAGGCCGGGCGCACGAUUGCGGUGGAGCUAUGCGUUGCACCGGUUUUGAUAUGCAAAAAUGCGAAGCAAACGGUCGGUGCGGGUGAUAACAUUUCCGGGGCGGGACUGGUGCUGCAGAUAUAGGGCCCCCUGUUGACACGCAAUGCAACGAAAGAGAGAUUAAGAGGGAGAGAUUAAGAAUAGUCAACGCAUGAGACUGCACAGAGUGGAAAGCGGAACGAGUAGUUGCCCUUAGCGGUUGUUACCCCCCAUUUGCUCAAGCUCUAUUUUAUUCCUGUUUAAUGCUAGCUCACCUUUUUACAAUUGCAUUUUCUUAUUGUAUUGAACUUCUUGUUAGCCAAUUUGAUUGUACAUUUUAAAAUUGUAACCUUACAACAUUCCAUAUUUUGAUAGCUAACCCCGUGCUGCCAUACGUAUGUUAGAACCGGUUCCUGGUUUACGAUCCUACGUUGCGCAUUUUCUCUGUAAGCAUUUUACGCAGGGUUUAAUAAACUGGAUUCAAUCUAAACAAUGAGUUUAGAACACGUCCUUUUUAAAACA